CGCCUCCGUCCCCCUCGCGUCUAUUCCUCGGCCCUAGCUACCGGGGUGUGAGCUCUCGCUCUCGCUAGCUCGCAGAAGCGCCGGAGGGAAUGGCUGCUUCAGCCGUGCCAUGCUCAGGCUGGAAGAGGGGGAAGGUCAAGGCUGUGCCUUCUGGUGACACCUUGUUAAUAAUGGACAGUGUACCAGGGGAUGCAGUCCCACCUGAGAAGUCACUCAUCUUGUCGUGCAUCAUUGCUCCAAGGCUGGCACGUCGUUAUGGAACAGACGAGCCAUUUGCUUGGGAAAGUAGGGAAUUCCUUAGAAAACUCUGCAUCGGAAAGGAUAUUGUCUAUAAAGUGGACUCUACUACUUCAGGCCGUGAGUAUGGAACAGUUUAUCUAGGUGACACAAAUAUUGCAUACCUCGUAGUUGCCCAGGGGUUUGCCAAGGUAAAAGAGCAAGGUCGUCGUAAGGGUGACAACAAUCCAUAUACCACAGAAUUGCUAAGAUUGGAGGAAAAGGCUAAAGAUCAAGGUUCAGGUUGUUGGAGUAAGGAACAUGACAUCAUAGAGGCUUCAACUAGAAUUCUGCCAUCAUCGACCAACCCUUCUGAUGUAAAGGAUUUUUUUGCUCAAAUGAAAGGGAAGGCCUUAGAAGCCAUUGUUGAGCAAGUUCGUGAUGGUAGCACCAUCCGAGUUUACUUGCUUCCUAGUUUUCAUUUCGUUCAGGUUUAUGUUGCUGGAGUUCAGGCUCCAUCUAUGGGAAGACGAGCAUUCAUUCCAAGUAUGGCUUCUCAAGCUGGAGCUACUGGCGAUGUUGAUGUGUACAGUACAACAGCUCAAGUACCUAUGGCAGCAGAACAGAAGCUCGUAUUACCAUCAUCAUCUACUUCUUCUGAAAUUCCACCAGAUAGGUUCGGUAGAGAGGCCAAACACUUCACCGAGACAAGAGUUCUCAACAGAGAAGUACGGAUUAUAUUGAGGGGCACAGACAGUUUUGAUAACAUGUUUGCUUCAGUGUACUAUUGGGAUGGAAAUACUGAUAAGGACUUAGCACUUGAGCUUAUAGAAAAUGGGUUUGCAAAGUAUAAGUAUAUGGAAUGGAGUGCGAACAUGCUUGGGGCUGAAACCAAACAAAAGCUAAAGAAUGCAGAUAUUCAGGCUAAGAAGGGACAGCUAAGGAUAUGGACUGGAUUUCGGCCACCUGCUACAAAUACAAGACCCAUACACAACCAGAAAUUCACGGGAAAAGUCAUAGAGGUGGUGAAUGGGUACUGUGUAAUUGUUGCUGAUGAUGUUGCACCUUGUGGAAGUCCUUUGGCAGAACGCCGAGUAAAUCUUUCUAGCAUAAGAGCUCCUAGGAUGGUUCAUCCUUCUGGAGAGAGCGAAACUAUUGAACAUUUUGCUCGUGCAGCCAAGGAAUUCUUGCGCACACGACUAAUUGGUAAACAGGUUCAUGUCUCAAUGGAGUAUUCUAGGAGAAUCAACAUUGCAAAUGGACAAGUUGUCAGUGACAAAACCAACCAAGUUGGCACCAGAGUUUUAGAUUAUGGAUCUAUCUUCCUACCCUCGUUGGUUGAUGGAACUGGUUCUCCUUCCCCUAAUAGCUCUAGCAACCCGCUUGGAGCCAAUGUGGCUGUGCUCCUGCUCUCGCGAGGAUUUGCUGAUAUCACACGACAUCGGGACUAUGAGGAGAGGUCACACCACUAUGAUGCACUCCUGGGGGCCUAUUCACAUGCUGAAAAAGCAAAGAAAGGAUAUCACUCCAAAAAGGAUUAUCCUGUGACUCACAUGAAUGAUUUGACAACAGUUCCUGCAAAGAAGGCGAGAGAGUUUUUCCAUUUGUUGCAGCGAAAUAAAAAGCAUUCUGCUGUUGUUGACUACAUUUUUAGUGGCCACCGCUUCAAACUAACAAUACCUAAUGAGACAAGCACCAUUGCCUUUUCAUUCUCUUGUGUCCGGUGCCCUGGUAAAAACGAACCCUACUCAGAUGAUGCCAUUAGUUUGAUGAGAAGAAGGAUACUCCAACGUGAUGUGGAGAUUGAGAUUGAAGCGGUGGACAAGAAUGGGACAUUCUUAGGUUCUUUAUGGGAGUCCAAGACCAAUAUGGCCUCUGUUCUUCUUCAAGCUGGCCUAGCCAAACUUAGUUCAUUUGGACUCGACAGGAAUCCAUAUGCUCGAAAUCUCAUCGAGGCAGAAAAAACCGCAAAGCAGAAGAAACUGAAGGUGUGGGAGAAUUACAAUGAACUAGAAGUCAUUCCCCAAGGAUCCGUGACUGAACAAAAUGGAAAAGAGACUUUCAAGGUUAUUGUAACUGAAGUCCUUGGUGGUGGAAAGUUCUAUGCCCAUAUAGUUGGUGACCAUCGCAUGCACAACAUCCAAAAACAGCUUGCUUCUCUGAAAUUCAAUGAAAUAUCAGAAACUUCUAAAGAUACCUCUGAUACCUUGGAAAAUCAAGAUCAAACAACAAAUACUCAAUUGGAUACUUUGGAAGUUAAAGUUAAGCAGCAUAUUUUUCCUUCUAGGUGGUCUAGUUUGUUUAAAGAUCACCAAAAUACUAUGAAAGGUGAAGUUCAAUCUGCUGAAGAGUCAAACACUUCUAAAGUUAAUGAUCCAUCAAAUGAUAUUCCAUUUAAUCCAACAAAGGGAGAUGUGGUUUUAGCCCAGUUCAGCCGCGACAAUUCUUGGAACAGAGCCAUGAUUGUGGGUGAACAUCAGGGUCCCACAGAGAGGGAGUUCGAGGUGUUUUAUAUUGAUUAUGGAAACCAAGAGAUUGUUACUUACAGCCACUUGAGACCUGCGCCUGCGAAAUUUUCUAUUUCCGUGAUUCCUCCACUAGCCAAGCUGUGCAGUCUUGCAUUCGUUGUAGUUCCUGACAUAAUGGAUGACCUUGGUGAAAAAGCUGCAUGGUAUCUAAGUAUGCUCUUGCUUGAUAACGGAGAGUUCAUAGCAACAGUUGAAGAACGCAGCAGUGUGGGAGCGAAGCUAGAAGGACAAGGAACUGGAGAAGUACUUAUUGUGAGCAUGUAUGAUGACGAUGCUGAAAUCAGCAUCAGUUCUGCAAUGCUAGAGAAUGGCUUGGCUCAGCUCGACAGGAAGAGGUGGAACUCAUCAUGGGAGAGGAGGGCUACCAUGAAAAACCUGGAGGAAUUCCAAGAACAUGCAAAGAAGAAGUAUCGUGGCAUUUGGCAGCUUCAGGCUGCGUUGGGUGCGCCUGAAAAAUCUGUAGAAGGCAAGGAGCUCGACAUUAAUGACAAUGAAGACCUACAAGCGCCAGCUCGAGCUAACAAGGGUUAGAGCAUCUCCAAAAGACUUUGUAAAACUAAUCUCAAAAUAGCAGGAUUUAGAGGCUUUGUACGAAAAAUUAGCUCUCCGAAAAACUAGAGCACCGCAGCCGACUCUUUAUAUUUUGAUGCUCUUUUUCUCUCAGCCAAUGAAGUUGCAAGCAUGCAUGAUCCUGUCCAAAAGUUAAAUUUUCUCCAGUAACUGAAAAAAAUGC